AUGUCCUCUGCCGACCCCUCUGCCUCGGAAUCCAUCCAGGAAACCGUCAAGGUUGUAGAAACCAAGGCUGUCAACCAGACCCUUGCGCAGAUUCGCUCCUUUGUUGCUGGUGGUGUUGGUGGUGUCUGUGCCGUCGUCGUUGGCCAUCCCUUUGAUCUCGUCAAAGUCCGACUGCAGACUGCGGAGAAGGGUGUUUACUCGGGCGCCAUUGAUGUUGUUAAGAAAACGGUGGCUCGGGAGGGCCUCUUGCGUGGUCUCUAUGCCGGUGUCUCUGCGCCCCUAGUUGGUGUUACGCCAAUGUUCGCCGUCAGCUUCUGGGGUUAUGACUUGGGCAAAACACUGGUCAGCAACGUGUCCCCCGUCCAUAUGGAACACGGUGCUCCCCAAUACACCAUCGGCCAAAUCUCUGCUGCUGGUUUCUUCUCCGCUAUCCCCAUGACCUUGAUCACAGCUCCCUUUGAGCGAGUGAAGGUACUUCUUCAGAUCCAGGGUCAGAACCCUCCACCCCCCGGACAGAAGCCUCAGUACUCCGGUGGUGUGGACGUUGUCCGGCAGUUGUACAAGGAGGGUGGUAUUCGCAGCGUUUUCCGCGGAAGCGCCAUGACACUGGCUCGGGAUGGUCCCGGCUCUGCUGCCUACUUCGCCGCAUACGAGUACAUCAAGCGAUCCCUGACCCCUAAGGAUGAGAACGGCAAGCCUACUGGCGAUCUGCCCUUGCCCGCUAUUCUGGCUGCUGGUGGCGCUGCCGGGAUUGCCAUGUGGAUUCCUGUUUUCCCCAUCGACACAAUCAAGUCUCGCCUGCAGAGUGCGCCCGGUAAGCCCACAAUUGGUGGCACGAUCCGCACUGUCUACGCCAACGGUGGCUUCAAGGCAUUUUUCCCGGGAUUUGGCCCAGCUUUGGCUCGAGCUGUGCCCGCCAACGCGGCUACCUUUGCCGGUGUUGAGCUAGCCCAUACCUUUAUGAAGAAGCUUUGCGACUAA